AUGGUCGUCAUGUCUUCACAAAAUAGCGUAACCGAAUCUGAGGGGAGGUAUCUUGAGGAUGGUUACUGGAAACAUGGUCGCUUCUACGGUUCCUGGAAGCCUGGCAAGUAUCUAUUUCCCAUCGAUUCAGAAGAGUUAAAUCGCUUGGAUAUAUUCCAUAAAGUCUUUCUGGUCGCGAGCGGCAAUAAGCCCUUCCACACUCCCAUCAUGCGGAAAACCCCCAGAAUCAUGGAUCUUGGUACAGGAACUGGAAUUUGGGCUAUCAACGUUGCAGAAGACUGUCUCUCAGACGCCCAAAUUAUGGCUGUAGACUUGAACCAGAUUCAGCCCGCUCUGCACCUGACUCCGGGACUCGGCCACAUGGAACACGUGGAAAUCGACUGGACACCCAGAUGGGACGACGACGAAAGGCCUUCGAAUUCCUCAUUUACCCAGUGGGCAGAGUUGUUCCUCACUGGAAUGGACCAGUUCAACCGUACCGCAAGAGUGGCACCAGAAGAAACUCGACAAAUGCUCGAAGCUACAGGGUUUGUCGACAUCAAGCACGAGAUUAUCCCGGCCUUUGUCUGCCCUUGGUCUCCUGAUCGGCGUGAACGAGAGAUCGCAAGAUGGUUCAACCUCGGUCUAAGUCACAGCCUGGAGUCUCUUAGCUUGAUGCCCCUGGUUGAGAAGCAUGGCCUGGGGCCUGAUGAGACCUGUAUUCUGCGCUACCACACCUACUGCAACAUGUGA